AUGCCUCUCAGCAUCCAGAGCGUUCAAAUGCACCUCAUGAUCGUUGCUGGGGAGUUGAUUCUCGAAGCGGGACCUGCUCCUCGCCGUGACCCAAGAGCGGAACACAUUCUGAUUAUCGGCGGCGGUACUGCAUGGGCUCUCUUGGAUGCUGGUUACGGGCACCGUUGUCUCGACCGAUGGGCCAACCCCAAGAAUCGCAUCACCUCUCAGAUCGCUGGAGCCUUGCGGGAAUGGCCACCGGCCGUGUGUGGAAGACACACCGAUGUCAUCUCCCUGGAGCACUCGAAGGGAUGGGCGAUGUCAUCUUACCACGUAUUCGACAGGCUGAUGGAGCUCCUGCCCGUGGAGGCCCACGGCGUCCGCAUGUGCCUGGCGAACUUUUUCUUCGACCGACCGUUGGAGAAUGUGCCUGAUCAGUACGAGAAGAUGAUAGAGAUUGAGCACUGUGGGGUUGCUGGAUUCAAGCGAGAUCCCAGCCUCGUGAGGCAGCAUGCAGUAAACCAAAGAGCCGGCGUUGUCGACUCUUACCGCCAUCUCGCCCCUGUUGUCGACACCGACCAUUAUAUGGUCUGGCUACGGGAUCUUCCUGGGAGCGUGAAGGACCGCCCAGGGCCCGCAUCAUAG